UGUUCACCUUUGUAAUCACUCUCUGUGUGUCUGUACAUCUGUUUGUUUGUGUGUUAGAUGGGGAAAAGGCGGUUCUCAGGCUUGGAAGUGACCCUGAUGGUCUUGUUCACAUUGAUGUUGGUGGUAGCCAUCACUGUCAUAGCUUUGUUUUUUACUGAAAAAUCUGGGAACACUAAUGACAGUACUGGCACUAAUGGAACAACAAAACCACCUUCAGAAACAUUUGUUCCUCAGUGUCCCGACAUUCCAAUCGGUCAAAGAGUAGACUGUUUCCCUGAUUGUGGAGCCUCAAAGCAACAAUGUGAGCAACGUGGAUGUUGCUGGAAGCCACUGGAUGAGAGGAAUGUUCCCUGGUGUUUCUUUCCAACCAACCAUGGAUAUACAGUGGAAUCGGUACAGCCUUCAAAUGCUUAUGAAAUUAAAGCCCAAUUGAAAAGAAUGGCCUCUCCUUCUUUAUUUGGAGCUGAUAUACAAGAGCUGUCAUUUCACGCAGAAAUGCAGUCAAACAAUCGACUCCAUUUUAAGAUCUAUGAUGCCCAAAGGCAGAGGUUCGAGGUCCCGCAUGAACACAUCAAGAACCUCAGCAGUAACCCAUCCAGCCCCAUCAGCAACACUCUGGAGAUCACACAAAAACCCUUUGGCCUUACUGUACUCCGGAAGGAAAACAGAAAUGUUCUAUUUGACACUACAAUUGCUCCACUUGUAUUUGCAGACCAGUACAUACAGCUGUCUGCUAAGCUCCCAUCCCAUAAUAUUUAUGGCCUGGGCGAGCAUGUGCACACGCAGUACCGACAUAACACAGACUGGAAGACCUGGCCCAUAUUCACCAGAGACGCUUUCCCUAAUGGUGGAACACAUAACCUCUACGGACAUUAUCCCUUCUUCCUCUGUCUGGAAGACGCAAGUGGAAAGUCGUUUGGGGUCUUCCUCAUGAACAGCAAUGCUAUGGAGGUGACGCUGCAGCCGCUUCCGGCCGUGACCUACAGAACGAUCGGAGGAGUCCUUGACUUUUACAUUCUUUUUGGAAACACUCCAGAACAAGUGGUGCAGGAGUUCCUUGAGCUCAUUGGCAGGCCUGUCAUUCCUCCUUACUGGUCACUGGGUUUCCAGCUUUCGCGGUGGGACUACGGCAACCUGACUGUGGUCAAGGAUACAGUGGAGAGGAACCGUGCUGUGGACCUCCCAUAUGACAUUCAGUACACUGACAUAGACUACAUGGAAGAUAAGAAAGAUUUCACCUAUGACACAGUCAAUUUCAGCGAGCUGCCUCAGUUUGCUGACUACCUCCAUGAGAAGGGACAGAAAUACAUCCUCAUCCUGGAUCCGGCAAUAGCUACCAGUAAGAGGGUUGGGAAUACUGCCUAUUUGCCUUAUGACCGUGGGACUGAGAAGAAUGCCUGGGUCACUGAAUCAGAUGGAAAAACUCAUCUGAUAGGAGAGGUGUGGCCAGGAGAGACAGUGUUUCCAGACUACACCAGCGAAAACUGCAUCAAUUGGUGGGUUGAGGAGUAUCAGCAAUUCUACAGGGAGAUUAAACAUGAUGCCCUUUGGAUUGACAUGAACGAGGUGGCUAAUUUCAAAAAAGGAUCAAAAACCGGCUGUGCUGAUAACAACCUCAACUACCCUCCCUACACUCCAAAGAUUCUGGAUGAGGUGAUGUACAGUAAGACUUUGUGCAUGGAUGCUAAGCAGGCCUGGGGGAACCAUUAUGAUGUCCACAGUCUGUAUGGCUACUCUAUGGUGCUGGCUACUGAAAAAGCUCUACAGCGUGUGUUCGGAGAACACCGUACCUUGAUGUUGACCCGCUCCUCCUUUCCGGGUGUGGGAAAAUAUUCGGGCCACUGGCUGGGGGAUAAUGCCGCCACCUGGAAUGACUUAAGAUGGGCCAUCCCUGGCAUGCUAGAGUUUGGGCUAUUUGGCAUUCCCUAUAUUGGAGCGGACAUCUGUGGAUUCUUUGACAACACCAGUGAAGAGUUAUGUCGUCGCUGGAUGCAGGUGGGAGCUUUCUAUCCCUUCAGCCGGAACCACAAUGCUCAAGGCUACAAGGUCCAGGAUCCUGCCUCGUUUGGUGCUGACUCAGUGCUGCUGAAAAGCUCUAAACAUUACCUGAAUAUACGUUACACACUCCUGCCUUACCUCUACACGCUCUUCUACAAAGCCCACACCACAGGGGAGACUGUUGUACGUCCUGUCAUGCACGAGUUUUUCACAGACAGCAACACCUGGACAGUGGACCGCCAGUUCCUCUGGGGAAAACACCUGCUCAUAACACCUGUAUUAGAUCCGGGUAUGGAUAAUGUACGGGCAUAUAUACCAGACGCUGUGUGGUAUGACUACGAGACGAUGGAACAACUGUCAGAGCGCAGAAACCAUGUUGAUAUGCACCUACCAGCUGAGAAGCUUGGUUUACACAUCAGAGGUGGUGCGAUCCUCCCCACUCAGGAACCGAAUGUCACCACCACAUACAGUCGCCGUAACCCCAUGGGUUUGAUUAUUGCUCUUGAUGACAACAACCAGGCAGCUGGAGAGCUAUUCUGGGAUGAUGGAGACUCGCGAGAAACUGUUGAAAAGGGCAACUACAUCCACUACACAUUCUCUGUCGUCUCUGGAAUACUGACAAUGCAGGUGACCCAUGCUGGCUACAAAGACCCAAACAACCUUAAGUUUGACAAAAUUGUUGUCCUCGGCGUGCCUUUUGCUCCCAGAUUCGUCAUUGUGACUCAUAUUGGCACUGGAACAACUGGAAAUUCUACCACAACGAUGCCAAACACCAACAUAGAGUAUGAUGGAGCCAAGAAGGUUCUCUCCUUGCAUGGCCUAUCCCUGACCUUAGGGGAGACCUACCAGGUGGAAUGGGAGGCAUACCAGCGCUUUGACUGCCAUCCAGAGGAGAAUCCAACUGUAGCUAAGUGCGAGGCCAGAGGCUGCAUCUGGGAGUCAAGCACCAUAGAUCGUGUUCCACACUGUUUCUAUCCAAGAGACUAUGGAUACAAUGUUACUGAAGUCACAGAAACCAACUCAGGCAUGACAUUUGAUAUCACUCGGAACAAGAAGUACGGGAGCAGUGGUCGCCCCGACUCUCCGGACAUUGACACACUCCGUGUUGAUAUCCGUUACCAUCGCAGUUACAUGCUGCAGUUCAAGAUCUGGGACCCAGCCACAGAUCGUUAUGAGGUUCCCGUGCAGCUCACGGUUCCCUCUGUUCCUGAGACUGAUGAGAACAAGAGGCUUUACAAGGUUAAUAUUACCAAGAACCCAUUCGGCAUCCAGGUCAUAAGGAAAACCACAGGGACUAAGAUUUGGGACUCCUCUAUGCCAGGUUUUAUCUUCUCAGACAUGUUCAUCCAAGUGUCUACUAGUCUGCCUUCAGAGUUUGUCUACGGCUUUGGAGAGACAGAGCAUCGCACAUAUAAACAUGACCUCAACAAUCACACCUGGGGUAUGUUUGCCAAGGACCAGCCUCCUGGUUACAAGAUGAAUAGCUAUGGAGUGCAUCCCUUCUAUAUGGGCCUUGAGACCACCGCCGACGCUCACGGUGUGCUGCUGCUAAACAGCAAUGCUAUGGAUGUGACUUUCCAGCCUACUCCAUCUUUAACCUACCGAACUGUGGGAGGCAUUCUGGAUUUCUAUAUGGUCCUGGGACCUACACCUGAGAUGGUGGUGCAGGAAUACACUGAACUGAUUGGACGACCUGUUCUACCUGCAUAUUGGUCCCUUGGGUUCCAGCUCUGUCGCUAUGGUUAUGCCAAUGAUACGGAGAUAGAACAGCUAUAUGAAGGCAUGAAGGCAGCGGGUAUACCCUAUGAUGUGCAGUAUGCAGACAUUGACUACAUGGAACGUCAGCUGGACUUUGUCCUGGACUCAGAGUUUGAAAAUCUGCCUUCCCUGGUUGACCGCAUGAGAGGAGAGCACAUGAGGUUCAUCUUCAUUUUGGAUCCAGCUAUUUCAGGUAAUGAGACUAAUCAUUACCCUGCCUUUGUGAAUGGUAAAGAAGCAGAUGUCUUCAUCAAAUGGCCCAAAAGCAUCAGUGAGGAAAUUGUGUGGGGGAAGGUCUGGCCAGAUCGUCCCAAUGUCACAGUAGAUGAAUCUAAGGACUGGGAGUACCAAGUAAAGGUACAAUAUUUUCCAUACUCACCUUGCUGAUACACAGUACUUUCUAACAUCUGACAUAUCAGGA